GCAUUAGACAGAAAAACGCCAGGGAUUCCUAACCUGGGAGCUAUAGCCAGCUGCAGCACACCAGUAGAGCCUUCCAGGCAUCACAAGAACUUGCAGCUUCAGGAAAUCACCCUGCAAAACCUAACUGUGCUGCUUGAUCCUUCUAGUUCCAUCUGGAUUGGGCAUUAGGAGAACAGCAAACAAAAAUCCCUGCUGAACUGAGGUGACUGGAACCAGGCUCUUGCAUGUGAAUUAAAUUAAUUUCUUGAGAGAAAUCUUCAUAAAGGGCUAAAUAAACAAGGUCUACAUACACAGAAAUUUUUUUCUUCUGCUGCAUUUGAGACACAGCUAAACUCGUCUGUCUGGAAAUCUGAAGACUUUUAUAGCAAAUCCUCCAGUGUCAAAAUGAACACAGGGUCUGAUUCUCAGUCUCCAGAUUCAGCAAAAGGCUUCAGGAGCGUGCGGCCAAAUCUGCAGGAUAAAAAAUCACCAACUCAGGCACCUCUGCCACCUCCUAGAAAAGAAAGCUUUUGGAAACCGAGAGUAACUAAUCACGAGAACGAAAUUAAUCUCCAGGCAGUCACUGCUGGUCCAGCCAAACACCUCCUCUCAGAUACUGCCUAUUACACUAGUGAGACAUUUGUGCAGGAGACAAUGUCUUCUCAAAUAUCUAACACAAGUGUGUCCUAUGCACAGAAAAUCAUUAAACCACUGACCUCAGUCCCCAGUGCAGACACAAGCACAGGAGCUGGCAUUAGCCCUGCUCUCCAUCAAGGCCAAAGGCAGCAGUCUCCAAAACGUAAGAUAUCUACCCUGAAAUUAACCCAGACACGUGACCCAGCAAGUAGCAUUCCUUGUAAUUCACAGCAACAGCUCAAGCCUGUUGAGGAGCCAGUAUUUUCAGAGAGGCCUGUCUCACCUGCCUGUAACCCCAUGCCUGAGAUACACACAGCAUCUCUUUCCGUUCACAUAGUUCCCACCCCUGACAAUAAAGCAGAGCCUGAAAUCCAAGAUCAUCCACCUAAUAUUUCUCCAGACACUUCAAAGAUGUCUUCAAAGGAUUUGGGACAAAAGUCUACAGUUCUUCCUUCUUCCCAGGCUGCAGAAUGCCAUGUGCUUGGAAACCAGAAAGUAACUGCCCCUGUGAUGGAGGUAAAUGCUUCACAGACACACAGACAAACAGCAACAGAAGCUUCUCCACUGCCUCUUCCUUCUCCUGUGGUACCAGUUAACAGAGCCUCUUUCUCACCAGACAGUGGCACCCACCUAGUACCAUAUUCUUUGCCAACGCUCGAUGAUUUUUUGCCUUCCCUCUUUGAUCAGCCCCCAGCCCUGUCCCAGUGUCCAUAUAAGUGCCCGUUCCUGGCUGCUGCCAGUGCUGCCCACAGGAACAGGAGCGAAGCAGCCUCUGUGAGCACAGACUCGGCCAUGAGCGAGUGCUCCUCGCGCACGCUGAGCGAGUGCUCCACUGCCGUUCUAGAUGAGCUGCAGACUUGUAGCUAUGAUACCACUGACUGCUCUGAAACACCUUCCCCAACCCUGAGCCAGAUGUCUGCUGUGUCAGAUGGCACCACCUUAACCAACACUGCUGCCACUUCUCAUGCUCAGAUCACAGUGAAUGGGAAUUCUGGCACUGCUGCCAGCCCAGUGAGUCACUUUCAAAGGCCUUUUUCCCCUUCUUCAGCUUACCCUCCACCAGCUUCACUCAAUUCCAACAUUGUUAUCAUGCAGCAUGGCAGGAUGAUGGAGUCCACAGAGACAUACUCACAGCAUGUUCAGAAUGUUGGCACCACCACCACCACCAGUACAAUACCAAUCUGUAGAUCCUCAGAAGAAGAAAAAAAAGUUACAGUCAUUAAAGCUCCACAUUAUGCAGGGAUUGGCCCGGUAGAUGAAUCUGGAAUCCCUACAGCAAUUAGAACGACAGUUGACAGGCCAAAGGAUUGGUACAAGACAAUGUUCAAGCAAAUCCAUAUGGUUCAUAAGCCUGAUGACGACACAGACUUGUAUAAUACUGCAUAUGCAUACAAUACUGGUAGCUACAGUCCAUCCUUCUCUGCUCAGGCACACCCAGCUGCAAAGACACAGACCUACAGACCACUGUCCAAAAGUGCUUCUGACAGUAGCUCUGAUGCCUUUAAGGUCUCGUCCCCUUUGCCACCCCACGUGCCACCACCAGUACCACCACAUCGUAUGAGGCAACGGUCUACACCAGAAAAGAAUGACUGGGAUCCUCCUGACAGAAAGGUAGAUACUCGCAAGUUCCGUUCUGAACCGAGAAGCAUUUUUGAGUAUGAGCCGGGGAAGUCAUCCAUCCUUGAACACGAAAGACCGACUGAUCGCAUAAACCCAGAUGACAUAGAUUUAGAAAACGAACCCUGGUUUAAAUUCUUUUCAGAGCUGGAGUUUGGACGCCCGCCACCUAAAAAGCUUUUGGACUAUGUUCAAGACAGUUCUUCUGGUGUUUCCAAUGAGGCUUCCUUAUAUCAUCACUAUUCAACAGACAGAGGCCUGGACAGGCCCUCCAGUUCUGCAAGUACUGCGAGUGACUACAGAAAGCGAAGGAAGUCAGAGCCUGCAGUGAGUCACCAGAGGGCACACAGUGACCAGAACGCCAACAGACCUAACCUGGGCAGGACAGACACACAGGGCUCUUCUUCCACCCUUAGGAAGCCUCUAACUAGCUCAUCUCCUUCCUCUCCAUCACGAGCUAAAGGUGGGGAUAUUAGCAAAGUAUAUCCAUCCCUUUUAAGUUACUCAGUGCACAACCACAACACCUCAAAUGAAUUAGAUUACUGUAGCACUUACAGACAACAUUUAGCUGUUCCAAAUGAUUCAAGAAGGGCAACCAGCUACAAGAAUGGCUGGCAAAUGACUCGCCAAAAUGCAGAAGUCUGGAGUAGCACAGAGGAAGCUGCUUCUCCAAAGAGGAAAUCUCGUAGCUGUGAUGACCUGUUGACAGAUGAUCACGAUAGCUAUCCCGAUGCACAGGCCAAGGCUGAAAGCAUGGGCUCUCUGUUAUGUGAGGAGGACUCCAAAGAAAUUUGCUCAAUGAACUGGAACUCCCCAUACGCCGAGGGCCGUGGUAGUGGUAGGUCAAGAGUUCGUCACAGAUCUGCGCACGAUGCUCCAGGUUUCCUGAAGAUGUACAAAAAGAUGCAUCGCAUCAAUCGCAAGGACUUGAUGAAUUCGGAGGUGAUUUGUUCUGUCAAGUCCAGAAUACUGCAAUAUGAAAAAGAACAGCACAAAGGUAUUCUUCAAGGCUGGAGAGAGUCGUCUACCGAGGAGGUGCCCAGAGACAUGGUGCCAACCAGAAUAUCUGAAUUUGAAAAGUUAAUUCAGAAGUCAAAAUCGAUGCCGAACCUCGGUGAUGACAUGUUGUCAACAGUUACAUUAGAGCCUCCUAGAAAUGGCUUGUGUCCAAAGAGGCGAUUUUCUAUCGAAUCCCUGCUGGAAGAAGAAACUCCAGUCAGACAUCCCUCUCAGGUACAACGGAGCUACAAGUCUAAAACCCUGGUGCCAAUUCAUAUUGAAGUGACCAGUGAUGAGCCACAACGAUCACAUAUAGAUUUUUCAGACAGUGAUCAAGACGGAGUGGUUUCUGAUCUCAGUGACUUUAUCCAGAUAGAGGGUUCAUCCUUUUGUAGUGAAAGUGACUUUGAUCACUUUUCCUUCGCUUCAUCUGAAAGCUUUUAUGGAUCAGGCCAUCACCACCACCACCAUCACCACCAUCACAGGCAUCUCAUCAGCUCCUGCAAAGGGCGCUGCCCAGCAUCCUACACCCGCUUCACCACCAUGCUAAAACAUGAAAGGGCUAAGCAGGAAACCACUGAAGAUCCAAGGAGACAGGAAGCAGAAUCCGGCCUGUCUAAGAUAGCAUUCCUCGUCAGUCCAGUGCCUUUCCGGAGGAAAAAAAGUGCAGCUCCUAAAAAACAAACUGAAAAGAAAAAAUGCAAGUCAUCUGUGUUUGAAGCACUAGAUUCUGCACUUAAAGACAUCUGUGACCAAAUCAAAGCUGAAAAAAGGCGGGGAAGCUUGCCCGACAACAGUAUAUUACACAGACUUAUUACUGAGCUGCUUCCAGACAUUCCAGAAAGGAAUUCAUCUCUUAAAGCUCUGAAAAAGAGUCCCACGCACCAGCCUUUUCAUCCACUGCCUCAAGAUGGUGCUAUCCAUUGCCCACUGUACCAGAAUGAUUGUGGAAGAUUACCUCUUAGUGCCUCUUUUCCAGACAUGGAUGCAACUAACAACAAUGAUAGUGCACUGUGUUUCCAAGACCAGGAGUCUCCUGGAAGCUAUUCUUCUGCUUUCACUGAUGUGGGACGAUGUACUCCAAGGGAGAGAAGAGGAACUACAGACAAAGAGAAACUGCCAGCUAGAGCUGUAUAUGACUUUAAAGCUCAAACUUCUAAAGAGCUGUCCUUUAAGAAAGGAGAUACUGUCUAUAUCCUCAGGAAAAUUGAUCAAAACUGGUAUGAGGGUGAGCACCAUGGAAGAGUUGGAAUAUUCCCAAUUUCUUAUGUUGAGAAACUUUUUCCCCCAGAAAAAGCACAGCCUGCCAGGCCACCUCCCCCUGCACAGAUUGGAGAGAUUGGAGAAGCUGUUGCCAAAUAUAAUUUCAGUGCAGACACAAAUGUGGAAUUAUCACUUAGAAAGGGAGACAGAGUAAUUCUUCUUAAGCGAGUUGAUCAAAACUGGUAUGAAGGUAAAAUACCAGGAACCAACAAACAAGGCAUCUUCCCUGUCUCCUAUGUAGAAGUCGUCAAAAAGAAUCCAUCAAAAGGUGUAGAUGACUAUCCUGACCCUCCAAUACCCCAAACCUAUUCUAGUGACAGAAUACAUCAUUUAAGUUCAACUAAGCCACAGCGCCCUGUGCUUUCUCAUGAAAAUAUACACGGUGGGGGGGAACCGUUUCAGGCUCUAUAUAACUAUACCCCUAGGAACGAAGAUGAAUUGGAGCUCAGAGAGGGAGAUGUCAUUGAUGUGAUGGAAAAAUGUGAUGAUGGAUGGUUUGUGGGAACCUCAAGAAGAACCAAAUUCUUUGGUACUUUCCCUGGAAACUAUGUCAAGAGGCUGUGAAAUUUUUUUUUUCUACUUAUUUAUGCUGCAUCUCUGCAACACAUCUGCAUAAAGCUGCUAGAAAACAUGCUACGCUGGCCUUCUGUUUUCUCGCUUGCAGUCUCAAAUAGAGGCCAUCUAGUUCAUCCUCAUCCCAUCCCACCCGCCAAACCGUCCCAGCAGUAUUACAGCAACGACCACAGUGGGAAUAACUAAGCUUUUCUGAGACAAGAGGAAGCAUUUCAACAUUUAAAUACUCCCUGCUUUAAAGUCUUUUCAUGUGAAACACAAUAGGAAAAGCCUGAUGACAGGUACACAAAUGAGUUGCCAUGGGGGGGUGGGGGGGAAGGGGGAAAAAUUAAUCUUGGUUUGAACAUUUGUGGUACUACCAUGAAGUCUGGUGGGAUUUUUUCAGCAUGCAUGUAAUACAGAGGAAAGUUGCUGUUUACUAUUUUUUAAAAAAUUGAUUUUACACAUUCUUAUUAGCUUGGCGGCAUUUGUUGCUUCCACAUUGCUGUGUCACGGGUUUGCCUAUUGUACUGGUUUACAAUGUAUGACAAACUAUAAUAUAGACUUUUUGCCUGCACUUGUAUGCUGUAACAAAUGCACAGUGACUGUAAAAUCUCAAGCAAGCAAAGUGAAAAAUGGAAGAACAGCAAGUGUUCUGAACGGGUGCAAUGGUAUUGGCUAAAUCUUUUUUCUUUUUUUCCCUAAUGAAAAACUGUAGUGAACCUGUAGUGUAUUCUGGUAAAAAGUAAGAAGUGCAAAAGGCACAAAGACUGGGGAAAGAGGAUUUAAAGAAGAGCAAGACAGUGCUGUAAGCAUAGACAAUAAUAACCUGCUGUUGAUGUCUGAUAUUAAAUGGUUGUAAUCAAAAUGUUGUAAUAGUAAGCAACAUGAAGUGUAAGAGGUAGUGUUUUUACUUAUCAGGAAAUUAAAGAAGCAGGAAGGUAAACAGUGUUAGUGCAAAGGGUUGUUGGAUUUUGGUUUUUUUCUUUCCUAACAUAGCCACCUGAAAAAUAUUCACAAGCAUCAUGUACUGAUUUAUUUCACUAUAUAUGUGUAUGUAUGUUAAUGAAACCCGAGUUACACAUUCUUUUUAGGAAUUUAGACAGAAAAAAAGUCACAAGUAUUAAAACCAAUAUAUUUUAGAGGUGUUGGGUUUUGGUUUUUUGUCUGAAUGAACAAGUGUUUGAAAACAUACAUUUUCCAUAAGCAAAGGUAAGCAUAAAUAGGAAAUGAAAUUAAGGCACAGGAUGAUAAUGACUAUGGCUUUAUAAAAAUAAAAAUUUGGAUUUGGUUUCUUUGUCACCUUAUAGAUGGCAAAAGCUUCUGCUGCAUUUUUCAUGGGUAAAGGAUCAAAAUUAUCAAAAUGUAUGUAGUCUCUGUAGCAUUUUGUACAUAAUUUUGCUUUUUUGUACAGAGCCAUUUGGUUGUUGAUUUUUAAAAAAUUAAGUUUCUUAUUUGCCCUCUUCACAUACAGAACAUUUCAAUGCGUUUUUCUUUUCUUUCUCUGUUUACCAUAAGCACAUCUGGAUAGUGCAAUUCUGUAAGAUAGCCUUUUAUGCAAAAUUUUAUUAAUUAAAAUAUGGUUUACCAGCCAAAUCUAAAUGUACAUAUGUCUUUAUUACUGAGAAAGGUCAAUAAGGCAAAGGUAAAGAAACAUCUUUGUGCAGCAUACCUUUAUUAUUGCAGAUUUCAUGGCAAAAGCUUUAUAUUCAAAGGCUUUCAAUUUUAAACUAGAUCUGCAUGCAGCUUUGCUGUGAGAUUAAUACUAUCUUUGAUGCCAUUUAUGAUUGAGGACUUAAAUAUCUGUUGCCUGUGAUAUUUAAAAAGUACUGUUUCUACUCUGUAUCUGAUUUUAGAAAAAUGCAGGUUUUUCAUACCUGAGUUUCAGGUAACUGACUUUGAAUUCCUACAAGCAAAAGGUCUCUGUGGUUUUUUUGGUUUUUUUUUUUUUUUUCUUGAAUAGACUUCUAAUAAAUUUUGCUUGGAGU